AUGCGGAGCGUCAUCCUAGAUGUCGGCUCUCUGUAUACCAAGGCCGGCUUUUCUGGAGAAAUCGCGGCGCGGCAAGUCCUUCGAAGCUGCGUCGGAACGCCUCGUCAUCCGGGGGCUUGUAUGAAGUUUUUCGACCCUCACACAGCGGACUACGUAGCUGGAAAUGAAGCCUUUUCCGAUCGCGGGCUGCUUAAUCUCCGGUGGCCCGUGCGAUAUGGGCAUAUCAUGGAUUUCGAGAGCUACGAGUAUUUGCUCUAUCACACAUUGUAUCGGAGUCUAGAGGUGGUCCCCGAUGCGACCCCGCUACUUCUUAUCCAGCCCACGACGCAAUCCCACAAGGAUCGCGAGCGCGUCGCGGAAGUUUUGUUUGAGACCUUCAACAUCCCCCUUCUCGGGAUGCUGAAUGCCUCCACGGCGACGGUGUACAGCACAGGCCGAACAACAGGAAUCGCCGUCGAUAGUGGCGCGGGAAAGACCUUAAUCAGUGCGGUGUGUGAUAGCUACCCCCUCUCGCACACGCAGCGGUUUUCCCCCAUCGCCGGCGACGUCCUCACGCGGGAGUUGUUUAACGGUCUACGGCAAAAAGGGUACCCCCUUUCGACGGAAAAAGACUGGGCGAUUGUAGAGACCGUGAAGGAAACCCUUUGUCGCGUGUCGAGAAACCCCACGGAGGAUCGGCAAGGGGUAAACAAACACGUCGACGCCACGGUUCGUUUCACGCUCCCUGACAAUGAGCAUAUCUUCCUCUUUGAGCAUGAGGUUUCGCUUGGGGAGAAGCUUUUUGACGCCAAAUUAGUCCGCCAGAUGCCUUCUGAGGAAGAGGUUGGGAUGAACCGUUAUGGGGAUCCCACAGGGUACUCCGUUACCAACCCCGCCUGCGCGACGCCCUUCACCGGGUGGGCAGAUGUCAUCGAGGAGGUCAUCGCGGCCGCCCCUGGCGUUUAUCAGGAGGAACUGCGAAGCAACAUCGUCUUGGGAGGAGGAACGACGAUGUUGCGGGAUGUUGAUAUCCGACUUCAACGAGAACUCGCGCAGCGAGGAGCGUCGUCGGUGGUGAAGAUUAUCGCCUUUCGCGAGAGGGCCCAGGCGGCGUGGUUAGGGGGCUCCGUGUGGGCAUGCUCCCCUUCCUACCCGUCUCUUUGUCUGUCUAAAGCGAAUUACUUCGAAGGUGGGUCUAGUACGGUGCAUCACUACGCCUGCUAA